AUGGCCAGCAUUCCGCAGAUCGCGCUCCGAGCGUGGACUUUCCUCUGGACUCUACUUACUCUGUCUUUGAUUGGCAAUGUCAUUGCUGAUGCCUUUUCCGGAAAUCCGUCAGUAAUCAAUUAUGCGAUAUUUGUCUCAACUUUCUGCAUGCUUGUGGUUCUCUUCGGUAUCGCGGGAAUUUUCGUCGAAAGCUUGGCCAUUCCAAUUGCGGUUGCGGUCGCUGAUGUUCUUGCUGCUCUCUUCUCGGUCAUCGCUGGUAUUGCCUUGGCCGCUGAGCUCCAUGUACACAGCUGUGGCAACAAAUCGCAGCAUUACCUCGCAUCCAACCAUCUAACCAAUGGUUCUCACAAUAUGGGUAAGCGAUGCCACGAGCUUCAAGCCAGUACCGCCUUCUACUGGUUCAUGUUCGUCGGAUUCGCUGGCUCGGCUGUCUUCGACCUUAUAGGCUCAGGAGCCUCUCUUCCCAGACGUGGUGGCAUGCGCAAAGGUGGGCCAUCCAUGUCCCAAGUCUAG